AUGUCCCUGACAGACGCCGACGACUCGAUUGUGCUCUCGGAUCUGGUCCGGUCCGGGGAGGCCUCUCGCUUACGCCGGCGCGGGGCGCUUGUCAUCCGCGACCACCAGAACUCGUCUCUCCAGCCCUCCAUGUCCACCACCCACAUAGUCAGGCCCCCAAUGUCUCCCACGGCAGGCAGGCAGCCUCUGUUCGCUGUUCCGGCCCCUGCUUAUCCUGUCGAAUUCGACGAGGAGGACGAAGAGGAGACUUACGAGGACGGAGCCUGGGGAUUCGGAACUGGCACUGCAGCCAGUAUAGAUAUUCUCGAGCGAGAUGCUCGCAGGCUUGACCUCGAAGCGGAGAUGCGGAUCGACGAGGGAGACCAGACCGCGGGUUAUUUCGCGAUUUAUUGCAACGGCGCCGACCUCGACUCGCAUCACUCUCACGACCAUUCGUCGGCGCCUACGCCCUCUGCUUCGCGCCCAAGAAGGAAACCGUCGGCAUUCUCUAAGCCCGCACCUAAUGCCCCUCGGACGCCGCGGAGAACGGGGUGCGGUGCACUCGUGCAUGUCUCCGCCAUGCCGCGCAGAAAGUGCGGCGUCUGGAUUGCCCGCGGUGAUGCCGGGCCCAGCGUCGCGCCUCUGGACAGGGCCUACUUCUCCACCCGAGUGGUCGACAAGAUUAUGGAGAGCUCGUGCGGCUGCAUACGCACUGGCAUUGGCUGCCGUGUAUGCGGAAAUGCGUUAGGAACUAUCUUUACGCCCUGUCAAGCAGCCGCAGCCGGUCUUUUCUCAACAACAACCAGCCCGUCGCCGUCGCCUGGCCCGCCAGAGGCUCCACUACGCGUGGUCUCUCCAACCAGUCCCACGGCCUCGUACUGGCUUCCGCGUGCGCAGACUGUAUCACCACCGUCAAACCCGCCACCUCCGGUAUCAGUUUACACAUUCUUCUCUGACGCGGUACACUCCGAACCGGAAUUUGCCUUUCCUCCGGCGCCACCGCCACCAACGCCCUUAAGCGUGCCACCGCCGAUUAUGCCUGCACGGAGGCGUUGGACGGGUCUCUCGGUUCAGGUCGACGUUCGCACAGGGAGUUCGGUGUGGGCUGAACCUGGACAAGACCCAGAUGGCGAGGAAGAUGCGGACGAGGAUCCUGACGGUGAUGGUGGCGCGGGACGUCGUAGCCCCAUCACGGUAGUUGGCGGUGUCACCAACCCAGACUUGGAUCCGGACGCGGCGGAGAAGGUCGAGACGAGUACGAACCCCUUUGACUGGGCUGAGCGUUGA